UUUAGGAAAAGAGCCUAGCCUGCCUGUGCUACUAGAUGAAUGGAAAACUCUGAUUUAAACAAAGUCCCAACAAGGGAUUGCUCUUGAUUUUUGUACUUUGUAGCUUUCCUCAAAUUUUUUUCACGUCUUCUCUUACUGUAAAAACUGCAUUUAAGUUAGAAAAAUGAAGCAGUUGAAAAGGAAAAGGAAAAGCAAUUUCAGUGUUCAAGAAACUCAGACCCUUUUGAAAGAAAUUACAAAAAGGAAAGAAGUCAUUUUUUCCAAGCAGCUCAAUACAACAAUUAACGUGAUGAAGCGAAUGGCCUGGGAGGAGAUUGCACAGUGUGUGAAUGCUGUAGGAGAAGGAGAGCAGAGGACGGGGACGGAAGUGAAACGAAGGUACCUUGACUGGCGAGCACUUAUGAAGAGAAAGAGGAUGAAGGCGAACAUCAAGCUGGUUGGUUCAGGGUUUCCCCUUCCCACGUCCGAUUUAGAUGACUCUCUCACUGAAGAGAUAGACGAAAAGAUUGGAUUCCGAAAUGAUGCAAAUUUUGAUUGGCAAAAUGUGGCAGAUUUCAGGGAUGCAGGUGGAUCCUUAACUGAGGUCAAAGUGGAAGAGGAAGAAAGAGAUCCCCAGAGUCCUGAAUUUGAGAUUGAGGAGGAAGAAGAAAUGCUGUCAUCAGUCAUACCAGAUUCCAGGAGGGAAAAUGAGCUUCCUGAUUUCCCCCAUAUUGAUGAGUUUUUUACUCUGAACUCAACACCCUCUAGGUCUGCAUAUGAUGAGCCCCAUUUGCUUGUAAACAUAGAGAAGCAGAAGCUCGAGUUGGAAAAACGGCGACUGGAUAUCGAGGCCGAAAGACUGCAGGUAGAAAAGGAACGCUUGCAGAUCGAGAAGGAGAGGCUGCGGCAUUUAGACCUGGAGCACGAGCGGCUUCAGCUGGAGAAGGAGCGGCUGCAGAUUGAGAGAGAGAGGUUGAGGUUACAGAUGGUGAAUGCAGAGAAACCGUCAGUGGAGAAUGAACUCGGUCAAGGAGAAAAGUCCACGCUUCAGCCACAGGACAUAGAAACGGAGAAGUUAAAACUUGAGAGAGAACGCUUGCAACUGGAAAAAGACAGGCUGCAGUUUUUGAAAUUUGAAUCGGAGAAGCUGCAGAUUGAAAAGGAACGCUUACAAGUAGAGAAGGAGAGACUUCGCAUUCAGAAGGAAGGACACUUGCAGUGAUUGAUCUAGGUCUCCAUUUAGCAAAUGUUGGUAAACCAUAGGUUUUUCUCUAUAUCAGGUCAUAUAAAAAUGGUUGCAGGAUUAGCUGUGUUUUUUUUUUUCCUGUUUAAUGUCAGUGUUUUCAAUAGGAAAAAGAUAGUUCUAUGUGGGUAACUGUAUGCUUAAGUAGUAUAUUAUAUAAAAACAAUAUGCCCUAACAUACCAGUAUAGCAGAAA